AUUAGGUUAUGGGGCUAGGGUAAGGUUUUAGGUUUUUGGCGUUAGGGUUAAAAUCAAUGUCCAAAACCUUUUUAUGAACAUGUUUCAGACCUUUUGGAGUUGGUUACACCAAAAAAAAAUGUAAAAUGAAAAAAAAAUAUUUGGGGUGUUCAAGCUUCCUGAAGGUAAUACCCGGGAAUUAGGUUAUGGGGCUAUAGUAAGGUUUAAGGUUUUUGGCGUUAGGGUUAAAAUCACUGUCCAAAACCUUUGUAGGAACUAUUUUCCAACCUUUUGGAGUUAGUUAGACCAAAUGUUUCGGGCCGCCGCCUUAGUGUGGCGAGUCUUGGGUCUUCCUCACUGUGUGUGUGUGUGUGUGUGUGUGUGUGUGCGUGUGUGAGAGUGCCUGUGUGUGCAUGCUGCCUGCAGUUCACAGGUUGCCGUGGCUGCGGAUCAAUCAAGUGCCUGAUCACCUCCACCUGGAAACUGCAAACACUGACUGGCUGAGGGCUUCUGCCACUUGAGAGGAGCCACUUGGGGGGAGUGGAUAAAACUCCAGUGGACCUGCAGAUCAGGGAGCACGCUGUACCCAGUGGAGCUCCCAUGCCUCUUCCUCAGACAGAUUGUCUUUGUGAUUGUGAAUUGGGAUUUUUUCGUAGCUUGUGAGGCAUUUUGGUUUGCACACGCCUACCUGCUUUCCUUUUUGUAUCCAGCAUUAGGGCUGAGUAUUGUAUUUGAGUUCGUUUCUUGCUGAUGUGAGCAGAUCUUUUUAUUUUACUGGUAACUAACUCUAGGUUAGAGUCUCCCUGUGUUUUUUGGCAACCUGUUAAGUUUCCUUUAAGGCCUUUGUUGCCUCUCUUUUUGUUGUUACUGCCAAUUUUACUUUUGUUAAUAAAUAACUUGAUUUGAUCAUUUAACAUCUGGUCGGUUUUAUGUUGCUUCCCUUCUCCCUUACACGAGCUGGUCGUAACAUAAAUGGGGGCUCGUCCGGGAUACUAAUCCGUUAAAGGAGACCCGGAAAUCCGAAAAGUUUUUGUUAAUAAAGGUAAGAUUAUUGUGUGUGUGUGCUUAGGUAGGUAAAAUGGCAUCGUUCGAUCUUGACAGCUUCUUGUUAAAUCCGUCACUUGACCAAAUUAAUAAGUGCAGAAAGGAUAAUUUGGUCGAGAUAGCUGUGCACUUCAAUGUCCUGUUUGCCAAAUCAAUCCUGAAAAAAGAAUUAAAAUCUCUAGUCAUAGGUAAGUUGGUGGAAUUAGGUGUAAUUGUUUUGCCGGUGCUCCCUGAGUCACCUGUGUGCGCACCUGGCUCUGAGACUGCGGCUGAUUACACUGCACAAAGGGAGUUCAGUAAAGUGUCUGCUCAGCCCAAAACUCCCUUUACCUUGCCUCGCUAUGAUCCUCCUUUCUCAGGCAGCACUGAUUCUCUGGGUGAGGCCAGACUGAAAGUCAGGCUGGCACGAAUCCAGAUGGAGGCUCAGGAGAGAGCCGAGAACCGGCAAGCAAAGCUGAGGCUUGAGAUCCGGAAAAUGGAGAUCGAGGCUGAUAAAGCAGUCAGACUACGUCAGCUGGAGCUAGAAGCUCAGCUGAAAGCAACCCCGGCACUGGAUGCAUCUGCAGAUGCAAUAAUGUCACCUCCUUCCACCAGCUCUACCCGAGAGUCCUUUGACAUCGGUAAGCAUAUUUCUCUUGUUCCACCAUUCAGAGACUCUGAAGUUGACAGUUAUUUUCCGGCAUUUGAGCGCAUUGCGACUGCACUUCAGUGGCCUUAUGAAGAGUGGCCACUACUUCUCCAAUGUAAGAUCCAUGGUAAAGCACAAGAAGCUGUAGCUGCUCUACCUUUAGCGGAGAGCUUGAACUAUGAAAAGGUAAAGAUGUCUAUUUCACGUGCCUAUGAAUUAGUCCCUGAAGCUUACAGGCAAAAAUUUCGGAACCACACAAGGGGCCCUGAACAGACGUAUGUGGAGUUCGCAAGGGAAAAGGGAACUCUUUUUGAUAAAUGGUGUAACGCUAGUAAAGCUGCUGAUUUCAGUUCACUCCGUGAACUAAUUCUUCUGGAAGAAUUUAAGAAAUGUCUACCAGAGCGCAUUGUUGUGUACCUAAAUGAACAGAAAGUUUCAUCUCUCUCUGCAGCCUCUGUACUGGCUGAUGAAUUUGUGCUAACCCACAAACCUGUGUUUCUGUCUACUUACGAAAAGCCUCGUGCUCCGGCACCACAGAGUGGACAAGCCAGAGUGUUCCACAGAAGGGAUGAAAAAAGCUGUAACUAUUGUCAUAAAUCUGGACACCUCAUUGCAAACUGUCCCUCCUUAAACAGGAAAAAACAGAAUGGCAACGGAUCGCCCCCUAAAGGCGUUGGGCUCAUUAAAUCUGAGAAACGUGUAGAAUCUAAUGCUGUUUCUUCUGUUUGCCCAGAUCCAUGUUUUGAGCCGUUCAUAUUCGACGGGUAUGUAUCUCUGACAGGUGAGACUGCUGAUCAGUGCCCAGUACGCAUUUUGAGGGACACCGGUGGCUCUCAAUCUGUUAUACUGGCUAGUGCAUUGCCAUUUUCGGAAAAGUCUUUUUGUGGUUAUACUGUUGCCUUGCAAGGUAUUGAGAUGGGUUAUGUCCCACAACCGGUGCAUACAGUCCACAUUAAGUCCUGGUUGAUAAGUGGGGUUUUUCCUGUGGCUGUCAUUCCCGCUCUGCCUAUAAAAGGAGUAGUUCUCCUCAUGUGCAACGACAUCGCGGGUGGCCAGGUAACCCCUGCACUAGAGGUGUCUGACUCUCCGCAGAGCCCUGAUAUAGAAAAUGAAACAGAAACUGCUCAGAAACUGUUUCCAUCUUGUGCUGUAACUCGUGCGCAAUCUCGUAAAUUGGACGAAUUCUCACUGUCGGAUACUGUGCUAAUGUCUGCUUUUUCAGAUGUGGAAGUUGUGAAGGAGAAAGCUCCCACAUCUCUGCUGUCAGAAAGUGCCGAGCCCGUGGGUUCUGCGAAUCUGAGUUUGGCGCCGUCGGACAGUCCGACGCUGCCGGUGGGCAGUGAACGUCUCGCCGCUGCGCAGAGGGCUGACCCGACUCUGGCACGUUGCUUCAAAAGUGUGGUGAGUGCCGACAAAGCAAGUGGUGAAACAGUAUCUUACCUAAUGAAUAAAGACAUCCUGGUGCGUAAAUGGACUCCUGCAGUGUCUGAUUGCGAAUAUAGUGCUUUACAAGUUGUAGUGCCUUUUGUAUACCGGCAGCAUGUAUUGUCAGUUGCCCACGAGAGCAAAUGGUCAGGUCAUUUGGGGGUGAAUAAGACCUACAACCUCAUCCUCAAGCAUUUCUUCUGGCCUGGGUUAAAAUCUGAUGUAGCCAAAUUCUGUCGCUCUUGUCAUGUGUGUCAACUAGCGGGUAAACCAAACCAAACCAUCCCACCUGCUCCACUCCAUCCUAUUCCUACCAUAGGUGAGCCCUUUGAGCGUGUAAUCUUAGACUGUGUAGGCCCAUUGCCCCGCUCUAAAACAGGUAAUCAGUACCUACUCACCAUUAUGUGUGCUGCCACCCGCUAUCCGGAAGCCGUCCCGCUGCGUAAAAUUACGUCCAGCUCUGUUGUCAAAGCCCUGACAAAGUUUUUCUCCACGUUUGGCCUCCCUCGUGUUAUCCAGACCGAUCAAGGUACAAACUUUCAGUCUCGGUUGUUCAAACAAGUCCUUAAAACGCUCAAUGUCCAACACUCCGUGUCCAGCGCGUAUCAUCCUGAAUCCCAGGGAGCGUUAGAACGUUGGCAUCAGACAUUAAAAUCCAUGCUGCGUAAAUACUCCCUAGAGACAGGUAAAAGUUGGGAUGAAGGGGUUCCUUUCGUGUUGUUCGCCGCUCGUGACGCUGUCCAGGCAUCCUUAGGGUUUAGCCCCGCAGAGCUCGUAUUUGGCCACACACUCCGCGGUCCGCUUAAAUCUCUGCAAGAAAAAUUCCUGUCCUCUGAAGUCUCACGUGAAGAGAACGUACUUGAUUUUAUGAGUAAAUUCCGCGAGCGUUUACACCGUGCAAACUCGCUCGCUAAAGAGUGUCUUUUGUCCUCCCAGACUGUGAUGAAGCGUCGUUAUGACCGAUCUGCCGUCCCACGCCGAUUUGAAGUUGGUGACAAAGUGCUGGCCUUGCUGCCGAUCCCUGGUUCUUCUCUCUCUGCUAAAUUUACCGGUCCCUAUGAGGUCCGUGAAUGCCUCAGUGACCUCAACUAUGUUAUUGCUACACCGGAGAGAAGGCGUAAAAGUCGUGUUUGUCACAUAAACAUGCUCAAACCUUACGUCACACGCGAACCGAACCCAGCUGUCGCUCCACCAGUGGUUCCCCCAAAAGCUAAUACUAUCGCUGUCAAUGCUCUGAUUGUCACUGAGUCUCCUACCAUUGCUGAUGAGGAUGAUUUACAGACGUGUACCUCAUCGCAUCAAACCGCGCGACUGCCGAAUUCGGAGUCACUGAAAACAUUGUCGUCCCAGCUAAGUCAUUUGACCCGCGCGCAACAAAGUGACCUAAUUGCUUUGAUCGAUAAUUUUAAGUGUCUUUUCGGCGACGUUCCAACUCGCACUACUGUUCUGCAACAUGACAUAGAUGUCAACGGAGCAAAGCCCAUCCGACAGCAUCCAUACAGACUCAACCCCGUGAAGCGCCAGCUCAUGAAAAAAGAAACGGAUUAUUUGUUAAAACACGGUUUGGCUGUGCCAAGCUCCAGCGCUUGGAGCUCUCCAUGUUUGUUGGAGAAAAAAUCAGACGGUACCCCUCGUUUUAUCACAGAUCUGCGAAAGGUAAAUUCAGUAACUGUCAAAGACUCGUAUCCUCUUCCUAGAAUGGAAGAUUGUGUCGACACGCUUGGCAGCGCUAAGUACGUCAGCAAGCUGGACCUAUUGAAAGGGUACUGGCAAGUCCCGUUAACGGAGCGCGCAUCUGAGAUCUCCGCGUUUGUGACUCCUGACUGUUUCUUGCAGUACACCGUCAUGGCGUUUGGCAUGUGUAACGCCCCGGCCACCUUCCAGCGGCUCGUUAAUACCGUCUUGGCCGGGCUGCCAAACUGUAACGCGUACUUGGAUGACUUAAUUGUUUACACAGUGACGUGGCAGGAGCACCUCCGCAUCCUCGAACAGGUGUUCACUCGUCUUGCGCACGCGACCCUAACGCUAAAUCUCGCCAAGUGUGAUUUCGGUAAGGCCACCGUCACCUAUUUAGGACGACAGGUUGGGCAGGGUCAAGUUAAGCCUCUCGACGCCAAGGUAACUGCCAUAGCCGAGUUUCCGGUCCCAACCACCCGCAAGGCGCUCCGUCGUUUUCUGGGCAUAGCGGGUUACUACCGUAGCUUCUGCCGCAACUUCUCCUCCGUUGUUCAGCCGUUGACUUCUCUAACUAAUCCCAAAGUCGAAUUUGAUUGGUCCCCUGCCUGUCAGCAUGCGUUUGACAGCGCAAAGUCCCUCCUUAGCCACGCCCCUGUCCUUGCAGCUCCUGACUUCUCCCAGCCGUUCAAACUUGAGGUAGAUGCCUCUGCAGUAGGUGUCGGGGCUGUCCUGUUGCAGGAGGAUAGUGAUGGAGUUGACCAUCCAGUAGGAUAUUUUUCCCGCAAAUUUAACAAGCAUCAGGUGAACUACUCAAUCAUAGAAAAAGAAACCCUUGCUUUGUUAUGGUCACUUCAACACUUUGAAGUAUACGUAGGUUCCAGCCCUCUGCCAGUGGUGGUCUUCACUGACCACAACCCACUCGUCUUUCUGCAUCGUAUGUAUAACCACAACCAAAGGCUUAUGCGGUGGGCACUGGUCAUGCAGGAUUACAAUGUGGAGAUCCAGCACAAAAAGGGGUCUGACAAUGUUGUAGCAGAUGCGUUGUCCAGAAUGUAAUGUUGACUUUGUUAACCCUUGUGGUUGUUUUGUUUAUGACAAACCUCAUUAGGAGGGUUUGCCUCUUAAGGGGAGGGGUGUUACGGCCGCCGCCUUAGUGUGGCGAGUCUUGGGUCUUCCUCUCUCUGUGUGUGUGUGCGUGUGCGUGUGUGAGAGUGCCUGUGUGUGCAUGCUGCCUGCAGUUCACAGGUUGCCGUGGCUGCGGAUCAAUCAAGUGCCUGAUCACCUCCACCUGGAAACUGCAAACACUGACUGGCUGAGGGCUUCUGCCACUUGAGAGGAGCCACUUGGGGGGAGUGGAUAAAACUCCAGCGGACCUGCAGAUCAGGGAGCACGCUGUACCCAGUGGAGCUCCCAUGCCUCUUCCUCAGACAGAUUGUCUUAGUGAUUGUGAAUUGGGACUUUUUCGUAGCUUGUGAGGCAUUUUGGUUUGCACACGCCUACCUGCUUUCCUUUUUGUAUCCAGCAUUAGGGCUGAGUAUUGUAUUUGAGUUCGUUUCUUGCCGAUGUGAGCAGAUCUUUUUAUUUUUACUGGUAACUAACUCUAGGUUAGAGUCUCCCUGUGUUUUUUGGCAACCUGUUAAGUUUCCUUUAAGGCCUUUAUUGCCUCUCUUUUUGUUGUUACUGCCAAUUUUACUUUUGUUAAUAAAUAACUUGAUUUGAUCAUUUAACAUCUGGUCGGUUUUAUGUAGCUUCCCUUCUCCCUUACACGAGCUGGUCGUAACAUAAAUGGGGGCUUGUCCGGGAUACUAAUCCGUUAAAGGAGACCCGGAAAUCCGAAAAGUUUUUGUUAUAAAGGUAAGAUUAUUGUGUGUGUGUGCUUAGGUAGGUAAAAUGGCAUCGUUCGAUCUUGACAGCUUCUUGUUAAAUCCGUCACUUGACCAAAUUAAUAAGUGCAGAAAGGAUUUGGGGUGUUCGGGCUUCCUGAAGGUAAUACCCGGGUAUUAGGUUAUGGGGCUAAGGUAAGGUUUAAGGUUUUUGGCGUUAGAGUUAAAAUCAGUGUCCAAAACCUUUUUAGGAACAUGUUUAAGACCUUUUGGAGUUGGUUACACCGAAAAAAAAUGUAAAAUGAAAAAAAAUAUAUUUGGGGUGUUCGGGCUUCCUGAAGGUAAUACCCGGGUAUUAGGUUUUGGGGCUAGGGUAAGGUUUAAGGUUUUUGGUGUUAGGGUUAGAAUCACUGUCCAAAACCUUUGUAGGAACUCUUUUCCGACCUUUUGGAGUUAGUUAGACCAAAAAAAAAAGAAAAAAGAAAAAAAAAUAUUUGGGGUGUUCGGGCUUCCUGAAGGUAAUACCCGGGUAUGAGGUUAUGGGGCUAGGGUAAGGUUUAAGGUUUUUGGCGUUAGGGUUAAAAUCACUGUCCAAAACCUUUUUAGGAACAUGUUUCAGACCUUUUGGAGUUGGUAACACCAAAAAAAAAUGUAAAAUGAAAAAAAUAUAUUUGGGGUGUUCAAGCUUCCUGAAGGUAAUACCCUUCAGGUUUAAGUAUUAGGUUAUGGGGCUAGGAUUAGGUUUAAGGUUUUUGGCGUAAGGGUUAAAAUCACUGUCCAAUAUUUUUUAAGGAACAUGUUUCAGACCUUUUGGAGCUAGUUUGACCAAAAAAAAAAAGAAAAAGAAAAAAAAUAUAUUUGGGGUGUUCGGGCUUCCUGAAGGUAAUACCCGGGUAUUAGGUUAUGGGGCUAGGGUAAGGUUUAAGGUUUUUGGCGUUAGAGUUAAAAUCAGUGUCCAAAACCUUUUUAGGAACAUGUUUAAGACCUUUUGGAGUUGGUUACACCAAAAAAAAUGUAAAAUGAAAAAAAAAUAUUUGGGGUGUUCGGGCUUCCUGAAGGUAAUACCCGGGUAUUAGGUUAUGGGGAUAGGGUAAGGUUAAAGGUUUUUGGAGUUAGAGUUAAAAUCAGUGUCCAAAACCUUUUUAGGAACAUGUUUAAGACCUUUUGGAGUUGGUAUCACCAAAAAAAAAAUGUAAAAUGAAAAAAAAAAAAUUGGGGUGUUCGGGCUUCCUGAAGGUAAUACCCGGGUAUUAGGUUAUGGGGCUAGGUUAAGGUUUAAGGUUUUUGGCAUGAGGGUUAAAAUCAAUGUCCAAAACCUUUGUAGGAAGUCUUUUCCAACCUUUUGGAGUUAGUUAGACAAAAAAAAAAAGAUGAAUGGAAAAAAAAGUAUUUGGGGUGUUCAAGCUUCCUGAAGGUAAUACCCGGGUAUUAGGUUAUGGGGCUAGGGUAAGGUUUAAGGUUUUUGGCGUAAGGGUUAAAAUCACUGUCCAAAACCUUUUUAGGAACAUGUUUCAGACCUUUUGGAGUUGGUUACACCAAAAAAAAUGUAAAAUGAAAAAAAAAAAUAUUUGGGGUGUUCGGGCUUCCUGAAGGUAAUACCCUUCAGGUUUAAGUAUUAGGUUAUGGGGCUAGGAUUAGGUUUAAGGUUUUUGGCGUAAGGGUUAAAAUCACUGUCCAAUAUUUUUUAAGGAACAUGUUUCAGACCUUUUGGAGCUAGUUUGACCAAAAAAAAAAAGAAAAAGAAAAAAUAUAUAUUUGGGGUGUUCGGGCUUCCUGAAGGUAAUACCCGGGUAUUAGGUAAUGGGGCUAGGGUAAGGUUUAAGGUUUUUGGCGUGAGGGUUAAAAUCACUGUCCAAAACCUUUGUAGGAAGUCUUUUCCAACCUUUUGGAGUUAGUUAGACAAAAAAAAAAGAUAAAUGAAAAAAAAAUAUUUGGGGUGUUCGGGCUUCCUGAAG